AUGCUAAUUUUCAGGAGUUUGCAGCAACAACAACGAUAUGAAAGAGAAGUGGCCCUUGCUGAGAUUGAAAACAGCCGUAAGAUGUUACUUGAUAAGCUCAAUGAGUACAAAGGGAAGGAUUUGGAAGUCAUACAUGAAGCUUCUGCUUUUGCUUGUGAAACAGUAGAGCCUAACAAUGAUCUCCUGCUGCCUCCAUAUCCAAGCCGGCCUCCAAAGUCCCUUUGUCUGGAGAAUGGCUAUCUGCCACCGUUUCCUAAGUCUUUACGGAAUGGAAAAAUCACCAGUGAUCCAACAAAUGAAGUGAAGAAGAAUGUGAGCGAGUCAGCAAGAGGUCAAAGCCAAUCUGGGUCCCAAGAUUCAAGAAAAGGGUUGGGAUUUUUUGUAGGCGCAGCAGGCAAGACGGUGCUUACUCUUGUUGGUUUGGUUUCUGUAUUAAGCAUGUCUGGGUUUGGACCCAAUUUUGCAAAAAAAGAUGCCCUUUUCAAGGUUUUGGGCUUGUUUCAGCAACCAGCAGCUGAGAAAAGGAGAUCUAAUAUUCAAUGCCCACCUGGGAAAGUCCUAGUUGUUGAAAACGGAGAAGCUCGGUGUCUUGUGAAAGAGAGAGUUGAAGUACCAUUCUCCUCAGUUGUUGCAAAACCAGAUGUAAACUAUGGGUGUGUUAAUAAGUUGAAGAAUAACCUAAUGAGCAUGAACUCCUUGGAAGGAAGAGGGUUCAGCGAAGAGCAAGAGGCUCUGGUGGUUAAGUCAUGGAAUGCAAUGAAGCCUAAUGCUGGGGAAUUGGGUCUCAAAUUCUUCUUGAAGAUAUUUGAGAUUGCACCAUCAGCUCAGAAGCUCUUCUCUUUCUUGAAAGACUCAAAUGUUCCUCUUGAACGAAAUCCAAAGCUCAAGUCCCAUGCCACGUCUGUCUUCCUCAUGACUUGUGAAUCAGGAGUGCAACUCCGGAAAGCCGGCAAAGUUACUGCGAGAGAAUCAAGCUUGAAAAGGCUGGGUGCUGUACACUUCAAGCAUGGGGUGGUCGAUGAACAUUACGAGGUGACGAAGUUUGCGCUGCUGGAAACAAUAAAGGAAGCGGUGCCGGAAAUGUGGUCACCGGAGAUGAAGAAUGCAUGGGGAGAAGCUUAUGAUCAGUUGGUUGCUGCUAUCAAAUCUGAAAUGAAGCCUUCGUCUUAAUUAGUUAGACUUUUUGAGAUUUAAAUUAGUUAAUAAGCUUGAAAUAAUCUGUGAGAAAUCGCAAGCGUUAUGUAUGUGACUGACUACAUAUGCUUGGGAGCUAGCAGCUAGCAUGUGUGUUUUAGGGUUCGUUCAUUAUUUUGGUUUACAUGUGAAAUAUUAAUGCAAUUUUAAUUAUCUUCUAGCU